AGUGUUGGGUCAUAGCUAUAGACCUAGACAGCCUGCGACCAUUCCUUCAAGGAGUAGGGGACUGAAAAAGAACGCCAUGCCUGCCUUCCCGGAACAAGGGGUUGCGACACCCCAACAUCAGCGACUUUUUCGCGAUAGCGGAUUUACCUCACAGAAGCUUGGACUUCAACUCGGUUGGUGUCUCGCCAUGGUGCUCCCGACGUCAGUAAUGGCUGUAACGGCAUUGCGGUCAGAUAAGUCAUCUGCCGCCUCUGCUUCUCUGGAGGUUGUCCGUGUAUCUUCGUCUCCGUUCAAGGAGUGCAUGCAGAAGUGAGGAAACGGAAAUGAGAAAUUUUACUCCAUGCUCGAGAAAAACUCUCUACUUUUUACUCACAACACCUACUCGGGAGAUGCCUAUCACGACGAGGAGCGAGCGAACUGGUACUGUGACACGAUAAACAAAAACAAUAGCAAUACAGUCGUUACAUUUAAUAAAGAGUUACUGUUACAGUACAGGAGUCGCACUCGUUGUAGUUGAUGUUUCUUUUUGCAUCUCUAACACCAUUUAGUGUAAGUGUAGUUGUUUAAGUAGAUCAAGUUUGUUUUUGUUCGCCUUCGCCAAGAACGAACAAUAAAGAUUCUGGUUAUUCUCAAUAUUUUUCCUUCUCCACCUCCUACUCUUAUGCUGAUUCAUCGACUGUGUUCUUUACCAGGUACGACUUUUCGCUUAACCAUGCGGUUCAAAAUAGUAUGGGGUAUGCAGUCUUUGCGGGGAUUGAGGAAGAACAGAAACUCUCGAAAUCGCAAAAAGACGGCCCGCUUUACAUGAUUUAUGGUCGUGAAGAAUGAUGUUUUCGUGUUGAGUUUGAUGAACAAGAAAGUUUACAAAAAAAAAUCAACAGUAUCUUGUUACUGUUGAUGUUCUUUUUGAUAAUUACAAUGUCAAAAAAUAUCACCUCUGGUUGUGCUACCAAUUACGAGUAGUUUUCUGCUUCCUAGUUUUGGUUUGUUGCGAGUCCCGUCCGCAUCCCUGCGCUCAGCCACCUCCUCUUCCUCAAGGCAACACACCGAUUAGACUAGGAAGGCCACCACGUGGAGUUUGUGGCAAGGGCAUGAACAGGAAACAGGCGACUCUGCUCUAAUAUGUCCGCACGAGCGAUCUGGUUGAGGACACGCUGAAUUUCAAGAUGGAGAAUAGCGCAUUGCUGGAGACGGAUGCUGCCUCUGUUAGGGCUGCUUGAUUUGUUUUGGAAGCAAGAUCGAUCCUUCGUCUUUGGUCUGCAGUAGGUACUUAGGAAUAGGAACGCGAUCACCUUGUAGGCUAAGAACUGUUAGUUAUCAGUAUCAUCCUCGAUACGAAUAGGCGCGAUAUCUAUCAGUAUCACCCUGAUUCUCAAAAACUUACAUAGUCUUGUUUCCCUCUAACAGCCAGGAUGAGGUGGUCACGAACGAGCUGUCGCAACGCGAGGUCAUGUCGAUUCGCAAUGCCGAAAUUUUUUUGCGAGCCUACAAUGCCAAGCAGAAAGAAGGAGGUAUUGGGAGCUCGUCUUCAGCAUCUUUUUUGCAGGAGGAGGCAGAACCACGGGGUCUUACAUCCACGAAGCUAGCGGCUCUUCUUACCGAGUUGCGGGGUCAGACGUCCGAUGACGGCACAGCGCUUAUCUUGAUUAUGACCUCGUCGCACUGUAGGAGUACUAGAGUUUGCAACUUACAUGAUAUAGAUAUUUAUUUGUGAUGAAAUAAAGGAACUUGAACGACAGUGAGGAAGAACGAUUCCUAUGGUCCCUACGGGAGCGACUGAUCUUCUUCUAAUUAACCGGAAGCUCAGGCGGAGGGAGUUGGCAAAGCGUUGGCGUCGAUCCGCUUCAUGCUUUUUCCGAUGUUGGUCGGCCGUUGCCUUCGUCAAGCCAACUCGGACGGAGUUAAGCCUUCAAGAAAUCUGCAAUAUGUUUAACAUGCUUAUCUGAGACAUGCAUCUCCUUCUCCUGGAAAAAAACGAUCAUCAUAAUGAAAUAUGAACAUCGUUGUCUACAACAUAGUCACAGUAACUAAAGAUAAGCUCCUUUCUACGAUGAGGAUGAGGAUUAGUACGGCAGAGUAGUUAUUGUAAGUAGUUGAUUUGCACAUGACGUUUGAAUGAUAGAACCAUCUCUAAAUCCCGAAGCAAGCCUGCGUUGAAUUGGCUCGCAGUCGGAGACGGUAACACAAUGUGGCACCCUGCCCACCUAGAAAAAAUGAUGGCCAGAAGCAUGCUGUCUGUGGGACCGAAGGUACUACUUACUGAAACUCAUAGCAUCAAAGUGUCAUCCUAACUCAUCAUCUGUGCAACUACUUACUUAUUAUGAAAGAAAAAAGUGCACUCACACUCAAAAAAAGUGGCUACUUUCCUACUUAAAUCCUAGCCAAUUUUUUGAGUGUGAGUGCACUUUUUCGUUUCAUACUUAUGUCAAUAUUUCCAUACUAAGUUACAGAUUCUUGUUUGUAAUUUUUCUUUAACAAACAUGAACAAGUAGAAGAGGAAGAGCUAAGCAGAAGUAUAAAAACAUCAAAACCACAUGAUUAUGAUCUUACAGAGCGUAUCACCGUCAUUCGUGGAGCUCGAAGAGCAGUCAGGCACUUUAGUGGAUCCGCACAAAGUGCCGAGCUUGAUCACGCUCCAUGGCUGUGCUGGUGUAUGCGGUGGUCCGGGAAAUUACGGCGCCAUAUUGGUUAGCAAGACUAAUAAUCGCUGACACAUGUAGUUGGAGUUGAUGUGUGCUGUCGUAUAUUCUGAAGCAUGUCAAUGUUCUUGUUUGUGCACGAGAGCUGCCUAUGGCAACUUUUCUGAGACGUCCAGCCCUCCGCACCCUCUAACCUAGAAUUUACUCCGUAAAGAUGCUGCGGGAUUCGUUCCAGACUGGUGGCGGCCAGAAGAAGAACGCGCCUUUUGGCAACCGCUACCUGCAACACAUGACGAACUUUGGCGGCAGGAAGAAACAGUUUCUUGAAGUGCUCAAGGAAUCAGUGCCGACGUCUACGAAGCUGGUUGAGGUGAAGAAGGAAGUCUUAUGGAGGGAGGGAGUGGGAGAGGAAAUAACAGUACUGCUACUCGUGCAGUAACAUCAGCAUUCGAGUGUGGUCGAUCCAGCUCUAGUGCUUAGUGUAAAAGAAUUAACCUGCGAAGAUGCUGGUGGUACCUACAAUGCUAGUACUUAGGUUAGUUUUUCGUACUAAAAAGUUGAACUUGAAAAUCUUCUUCUAAGAUUUCCGGAGCAAAAAGAUGCGAGUGGGUCUGCGCACUCUGCUGCCGCAGCCACAGCGGAGAGCGAGGUGCAACUGUUGCGUCGGGAGAGUCAUGGGGAGAAGGAAAAGGUAGUACUACUACUAUGUCUAAGUAAAAGUAUGAAGUGCUUCCAUUUCUUGUAGUUGCACUUUUGAAUGGUUCCGGUAUUUGGUCACCUGAAUUUGAUCAUAAGGGAAAACAAGAAGAGAACCCUUGUGAUCAGGUUCAGGUUACCAAAUACCAGAACCAUACAACUUCCGACUCCAUGAAGAACAUGAACAUGAACAAGAACAAGAUGUGCUUGUGCAUGUGUACAGCGGAGACAACAUAAUGCCACGACGAGAGAAAGAUAAUACUAAACAGACUGAACGACAAGCACUACCGCGCUACGUAAGGAGGAGUGGCUUUUCUCUUUCUGCAGGCAUCUAACAUACUCACUCAGCUAGGAGCGGAUUUCAUCUCUUUCCGCCUAUACUUUUUCUGCUCUGAUGCAGUUGUUCGGAUACUUUGCUACUGUCCCCUUUGCACAUACUCACGCAGGUUGCGGCAGCAAGCGAGAACUUCAUUUCCCGAUUUGGGGCUACAGGAACGCAUCUCCUGCAGCAGACAUCGACCGUGAUGGAGGAGUUAUGAAAACCGAGUUGUAACAGUCUAAAGAAAACUACGUACUUAAAAAAGUCCAGGUAGGCGAUCGUUAUAUUAUACUCAUCCUGGGAGACGUUCUGAAUAUAUUACAACGAUGUUGUAGAAAUGUCUACUAGACAAGUUUGAGUUUCCGCUGACUUACACGACGCUUGCCCUCGUCCAUGAGUGCAUUUUACUAGACCAACGCCAACGCGGCUCUGUCAGACUCUCCCCAUUGACACCCUCUACUGUCUUUCCCAUUUCAUAGGAUCUUUUGAAGCGUCAGGGUGAAGAAAUGAACGGCGACCAGAAGGAGUGGAUGGAAUGGGACGAUGAGAAGCUUGGUGGUUGGGUCCAAGGCAAUCUCGGAGAUAUGGCUGAAGAUGGAAUCCUGAUCUUCAUACCUCAGACAGAAUGUAAAUGGUUUGUCAUUCUUGUCUUCUCGUUCUUCAAAUUUACUGAAAAAUGCAGUGCUUUGCACCAUCCGCUGUACUAGCAAUUCCACUUCCCCAUUUUUGGAGAUCGAUGGUGACGGAAGACUAUGACUAAGUUAGUAAUAGUAGUUACGUGCAGCUUACUUACCACGUCUAAUAACAGACACUGGUACUCAACUGUGACCUCCACUGGCAGCGCCUCAUCCGAAUACAAGGAUGCAGUGCAGAAAUCGCUCGGAAAGCCUGUGGAAAAAGACGAAGAGGAUGAGGAGAAAAAGGUUUUCUUUCUAACUUUAUCUCUUGUUCCAAUUCUACGAAUAUCAUGUGAAUGUGAAGAAGCCGUAAUAAUAUCAUUGCUCUGCUACAACUACAAGAAGAAAGAGAAACAUGUAAUAUGUUUUAUCUUGCAAAACCAUCUGCACAAAAAUGAUAACAAGCAUCUUACAACCGUGAACAGGACGACGACGACGCAGUGGCGCUCUCCUCGUCAAAGUCUGGCAUUAUGAAAGGAUGCUACUCCUACUUGUUUAAUACAACCGCCAUAGGUAGAGUAGAUGAUUAUAGAUGAUCAUGAUGCGUACAUUCUAGCCACAAUAACCCUUAUGCUCAAAGAUUUCCAUUCAGUUGCUCCUUCUAACAAUCACGAGGAGGAGGAGCAUUCGCCUACCCCGAUUCUCCUCGGAUACACUCUGGACUAUCUGUACCAAGGAAGCAAGUGCCACAUCUCCAAAGGCGCUGGAAAUUAUGGAGGAUUUCAACAAAGACUUUUUGAGUUACAUAGAAGUAAAGGACCGGGGCUUUGAAGAUGCUAGAGGUAGAAUACAUAGCGUGUAGUUCUUCUACUGAGACUCUUUACCUACGAGACGUACAGCAACAGUUACUAACUAGCAGUGUAUCUAGUACAGAAGCAGCUUCAUUCCGUGGAAGCGUCCGCCGAUACGAUCUUCCCGGAUGGCAAGGAGUCGUGCGAUACCGCAGUGCCCAAUGUCGCCGUGCACCACCUAGGAAUGAAGCAGUACACCGAGUUCCUCAGGGACUUCUACUGCCGCGAUGGCGGACAUGCAGCAUACAUUAUGGACAAAAGCUCUGUAUUUCACCGAAUCUUCGAGUGCUUAUUUCAACAUCAUGAUGAAGAUGAUCCUCUUCUGGUGUAGUUGUAGUUGUUGCUGUAGUAGUACUAGGUCUGCGUCUGCCAAGAUCAUUGAUCGAAGUUUAUUCUCUCCGUGAGUGGAAUCGAUUACAGUCGCGUAUAUAAGUACCUUGUGGAGACUGUGUGUACGAUUACUCACGCACAGAUGACGUGAUUGACAACUUCCAUUGCUAAUAACCGCCGAUCGGAGUUCGUGAAGUUGCUGACGUCACGCAACAGCACCAUGAAGUACGGAGAAACGUCGGAUCUCUUCGAUAUCGAAGGUUAGAUGUUACUCCAUUCAGUAGACUAGUACAACUUUAAUAAUAUAUGUAGUUUAUUAUUCGGGAUCAUGUCCCGAAAGUAAGUAGUUGCGGAGGUGGUUGGAAGGAGGACGGAAACGGAGGGUGUCCUUUUUUAGGUUGUUUCAUAUUUUGUUUCCUGAAAAGUCCUUCUAGUACCAUUCCAAGAACAUAAUUUUCUGUUAGUGACCUCUUGACUAGCGCUCUGCGCAAUGAUCUGAAGUUUCGAUGAAGAACUUUUAUCCACACUUUUUCGUAUUUGUAUUUCUCGACGUUAUCUAUAUCUAUAAAAAGUAAACGUCGUACAUACAACGUUAUAAAAAGUAAACGUACAACAGCUUGAGAAAGAAUUGACCUGAUGAACGGACGACAUGAAUUUGAAAGAACAUCUCAUUCAUAGUACAAAUACACUUCGUAGUUCUCAUUGUACCUUGUAGUUGUACAGGAGUGACACCCAUGAUACAAGAACACGAGAAAAUGUCCACUCUUCAAGUAGUAGAACCAUAAAAGAACCACAACCAUAUCUCAUGACGACGACCAUCAGCUAGACCCCAAGGGUCAAUCUAUUUAAUGUGCAUUCUUACUAAGAUUUCACUUGUCAUAGUCGAAUAUGAAGAUAAAAAGUAGAAGGUGCAUUACACGCAUAUAAAUACACAUAGAACUGAACAGAAAGCGAAGUCAGACUACUUUCCUAUUUGAUCGCCUUUCCACAAUUUCGCAAUGUCCUUUUAUGCUAUCGAAUUUCACGAUGAUUGGUAGCAACGAAAUAAUAUAAAGGCUGCAACAUCGAUGCAUACUGAAGAAGCCGGGUGGAUCGCCGAGCGCGAUGUCAUUGAGAGCUGAGCUAGGAGUUGCCUACACCAACACCGGGACCGGCUUCACGCUAGAUAUUAAGAGUCUGGUGCUGGGAGCGAUGAUGUUUUCCUACAAGAGCAAGUUGAGG